AUGGCGAUGGGGCCACACGAAAACGGCACUAAACGACGUCGUUACGACGUCGUUACGACGUUACGCCGCAAAAACCGUCCGUCAGAACCAUAUCUCUCCCCACGUGACCAACUCUCCGCUUUUCUCCGGCUUCCUGCGAGAGUCCGAGUCGCCGUUUCGAGCUCUUGGCCCACGCAAGCACGCUACCCCGCGCUAUCAGAUGAUAGACACAACUAUUGCAAACGCGCCGCAAUUUCAGAUUUGCAAUGGCGCGUUUUCCGCGCGUCUACGCAUUUCCCGCGCCUAAUUGGACGUCUGCCAAUUCCUUGGGAUCUGUGCACACGCCGAGGAGCCACCAAAGGCAGGGUUUGUCUCGUAUCUCGCCGAACUCCAGGCUAUCGAAUUCGAGGUACGAGGCUUUUACGUACGAAGCGACUGAUAAGCCAAAAAGGUUUCCCUUCCCUCACCAUCCGGAGGUGUGGGUGA